AAGUGUGUCUGUGAUGAUGCUUUCCUGCUACUUGUGAAUGGCUUUUACGUUUUCAUUCUCUCUCUCUCCCUCCCACCCUUUCUCUCUCAUUUUCUCUGUCCCCCCCACACUUCUCCUUCUCAGCAGUAACAGCACAGAGGAGAAGGACUGGCAUAAAUCAAGAGAAAAACAGGACAGACAUCGUCUGUAAUUUUCAGCAAAGUCAGCAGAUGGUGUAGUAGGCUAAAGACUGAUCGAAGAAGGAGAAGAACGUGAAGUCAUUGAAAAUGUGAAGGAGAGAUGGAGGAGAAAAGAAGAUUCUAUAUAUAAAAUAAAAGCAUAAAGUGAUUAUCUCGGUGCAACAAACUGAAAUGUCUCAAAAUUCGGCACUUCAUGAAGGAAACUUAAGUUCUAAAUUUAUUUGCGCAAGAGACUACUUACAGGACAAGAACUGCAACUUCUUAGGUAAGCCAUUUGAGAAUAAUGAAAACCUAAUCCACAUGGUUGCAGAAAUGAAUACUGAAACAAUAAUAGAGCAAUCAAAAAACUGUAUAAAUCUCUUGGAAAAACACUCAUCUUAUGCAGGAAAAGAAGGAAUGGAAAAUAAACUUAAUGGUGUUCUUAAAGCUGUGACAACAGAUGAGCUAAAUCACUCUCCCUCAGAAUGUGGUAAUUAUGUGCCAGAAGGAACAGACAUUUGCUCUACAGGCAAGCAAAACAUUAUCAAAUGCCCUGCCAAAGAUGAGUGCAAUAAAUCAGCUGGGUCUCCCUUAGAAGACAUUGGAUAUGCCAGCAGUUCAUUGAGUAUUGACAGUCCAGACAGCAGUACUGGAAAUGUUUGGGAAGGGGAAGGGGCAACUAUACCUGAUAAAAAUAUUUUGGAAAAUGAGAUUCAUAGUAAUGAUGCAGACAGUGAUUCUUCCUCAGACUCUGAAACUUUACUUCCUACUAUUCUGGAGGCUGUACAGGACCUGCAGGACCAUAAGAUAUUCAAGGAGAGGGAAAAAGAAAAGCAUCAGGUUCAGCUAAUCAUGUACCGUAGACUUGCAUUACUUCGCUGGAUCCGUAGUCUCCAGCAAAAAGUCAUUGAUCAGCAGAAUCGCUUGCAAGCAAGCUAUGAUACUAUACUGGACAAUCGGAAAGAAUUACUGAAAUACAUCAGAAGAGGUACAACACUCCAAGAGGACAUCAAUGUGCAAAACUGACUCAGCUAAUUCUGGCAAAAAUUAUGGUUCUAUAACAACCUGCAUCUGUUUAUAUAAAUGUACUUUAUUAUUUUAUACCAGUUUCUUUCAAUGUUGCAUGCUUAUGAUGAUCCAAACAUCAGCAGUUUUCAUUUUUUUUUAAUUUUUGCUUACUAUAUUUCUGCAUAACAGCUAAGGUGAAAAAUUAAAAGUUCAUUCAGCUAACUGUUGCACUGGAAAACUCAGUCCAAUAUUUGACAUGCUGCCCAUAUGCACUAGAUAUUGAACCAUAUCUACAGGUACCAUAAUCAAUAGUCUAAUUUCAUUGUCAAAUAUUUAAUACUGCUGUUUCACUCACUUUGCACCCUAAAAUUAUGAAAAUGUAUUUUAUUGUUUAGAGUGAGCAACCAAGAAACAGACUCUGUGCCCCACUUUUUAGAAUAUAUUAUGUCAAUAGCUGAAGGGUGAUGUGUUACCAUAUUGCGGACUAUUACAGUGUGGUACCAAGUCUUCUGGUGUGUUAUGUUCACAUUAUAAUGGUUUCUGUGAGAUAAUGCUUGUUUUUCAGCUCUAUGGUGCAGUAAUAAUAUAUACCAAUCUGUACACAGUCUCCUUUCAACAUUCAUAUCCUAUAAAUGAACAUGCCUUCUCCUGAGCUUCUCUCAUUUAGUACACAUUCCAGCACAUGAUACAAAGAAUAGGAGUUCCAGCACUUUUGCUGUAUUUCAGAGCAAACCUUUGCGUGAUUUAUUCUUUUAAUUUAUGUGGCCUGCCUAUGAAGCUAAAUGCAUACAACUAUGUGCUGCUUAAAUUUGCUACAAUUGUAAAAAUAUUUACAUUCUUACAUGCUCCAUGUGGUAUGUGAAAGGUGAGAGGAGGAAACAUGGCUGUGCAUUUCAAACAGUGUAAACCAAAGACAGAUCAGGUAUACUGCUGCCAUUCCAGCUGCCAGUAUAGGCAUAGCUCUCUUUUUCAGGGGUAGGUACACCAUGCUUUGUGAGGAGGACAGAUGCAAGCAAACCAUCACAGUAUAAAUGUGUUAUUGUCUAAAGACGGCUAAAAUUUUUAUCUCCUCUUUUUCAAAUCAAAGCUCUACAAGUAAAGCUAUUUUAACACUAGUAAAAAAGAAUCAUACAAUUUACAGUUUGAGACAUUUUAUUUUCAUAAUUUACAGCUUAAUGGAAAUAAAUUAUCAUGAAACAUCAUGCUGACUUUGCACUGUUAAUAAUUACAAUGCCUGUUUAACUCUGUUGCAUAAUACUUACUGUUAUAAAUAUGGCGGAUGUUUAAACUGCAUCUCAUGUUACCCUCAUAUCUAAUGUAAUUGAGCACAAUUUUUUUGUAUGUGUAUCACUGAACUAAAAUUUUAGCUAAGUUAUUUGAAUGUUUGUUUACAAAUGGUUUUAGUUUUUCUUUUUCUUUCCUGGUCUUGCAUUGAAAAAAAAAACACUGUAAACAUCCAAAGUGCUUUUUAUUUUAUUAAUUUCUCUACCACCCCCCAUGUUAUGCUGUUCUGUAUUUCCUAUCAGUAUUAAAUCAUAGGCCUAUAUUCUUUUGACACUAUUGGAGACAAUGUGCUUAGCAUGGAUAUUCCUAAACAUGACCUACCCAAGCUUCAUAAAACCCUCUCCUUGCAAGGGAUUCCAUGUGUACUAUCCAUGUCUGUUUAUGCCGCUAUUACAUAGCAGAAAUGCGUACAUAGAAUGCAUGUCAUAGUUAACGCUUAACUCAUUCAGUGGUGGCUUUUAACGAUUACAGUCAUCUCUUUAGGCCUUGUUUCUUCAAAACCUUAGUCAUUAUAUUUGCAUGCUUGUAAUGCACUAAAUGUAUAUGACUGCAUUAAAACAUGCCAUCUAUUGUAAGAAUGAAGAAAUAAAUCAAAUAAAACCAGUUGUCUGCGCUGAA